GUGGAAUUGCGGAGUGCAGUGGAGGAAGUGGUUAAGGAAACUCCAGAAUAUCGCUGCAUGCAGUCACAGUUCUCCGUCCUGUACAAUGAGAGCCUGCAGUUGAAAGCACACCUGGAUGAGGCUCGGACCCUGCUUCAUGGCACCAGGGGAACCCAUCAACGCCAAAUUGAACUCAUUGAGCGAGAUGAGGUUAGUCUUCAUAAGAAGCUGAGGACUGAAGUGAUCCAGCUUGAAGAUACACUGGCCCAGGUCCGCAAGGAGUAUGAAAUGCUGAGGAUAGAAUUUGAGCAGACACUUGCUGCCAAUGAACAAGCAGGCCCCAUAAACCGGGAGAUGCGCCACCUCAUCAGUAGCCUCCAGAAUCACAAUCACCAGCUGAAAGGAGAGGUCCUGAGGUAUAAGCGGAAAUUGAGAGAAGCCCAGUCUGAUCUGAACAAGACACGUCUACGCAGUGGCAGUGCCCUCCUGCAGUCUCAGUCUAGCACUGAGGACCCCAAGGAUGAGCCUGCAGAGCUGAAGCAAGAUUCUGAGGACUUAUCCUCCCAGUCCUCAGCGUCAAAGGCAUCUCAGGAGGAUGCCAAUGAAAUUAAGUCCAAACGGGAUGAGGAAGAGCGAGAACGAGAAAGGAGGGAGAAAGAGAGGGAGCGAGAAAGAGAACGGGAGAAGGAAAAGGAGAGAGAACGAGAGAAACAGAAACUAAAAGAAUCAGAAAAAGAGAGAGAUUCUGCUAAGGAUAAAGAGAAAGGGAAACAUGAUGAUGCAAGGAAAAAGGAAGCAGAAAUUAUCAAACAAUUGAAGAUUGAACUCAAGAAGGCACAGGAGAGCCAAAAGGAGAUGAAACUAUUGCUAGAUAUGUACCGCUCUGCCCCAAAGGAACAGAGAGACAAAGUUCAGCUGAUGGCAGCUGAGAAGAAGUCUAAGGCAGAGUUGGAAGAUCUAAGGCAAAGACUCAAGGAUCUAGAGGAUAAGGAGAAGAAAGAGAACAAGAAAAUGGCUGAUGAGGAUGCCUUGAGGAAGAUCCGAGCAGUAGAGGAGCAGAUAGAAUACCUUCAGAAGAAGCUGGCCAUGGCCAAGCAGGAAGAAGAAGCUCUCCUUUCUGAGAUGGAUGUCACAGGCCAGGCCUUUGAAGACAUGCAGGAGCAAAAUAUCCGUUUGAUGCAACAGUUGCGGGAGAAGGAUGAUGCAAAUUUCAAACUCAUGUCAGAGCGUAUCAAAUCAAAUCAGAUCCAUAAGUUGCUUAAAGAAGAGAAAGAGGAGCUGGCAGACCAAGUUUUGACUCUUAAGACUCAGGUUGAUGCCCAGUUACAGGUAGUAAGGAAACUAGAAGAGAAGGAGCAUCUGUUACAGAGCAACAUUGGCACAGGGGAGAAGGAGCUGGGUCUUAGGACCCAAGCCUUAGAGAUGAAUAAACGCAAGGCAAUGGAGGCAGCCCAGCUUGCAGAUGACCUCAAAGCACAGUUGGAGUUGGCUCAGAAGAAACUGCAUGAUUUUCAGGAUGAGAUUGUGGAGAACAGUGUCACCAAAGAAAAGGACAUGUUCAAUUUCAAACGAGCCCAGGAGGACAUCUCUAGACUUCGAAGGAAGCUGGAGACCACAAAGAAACCAGACAAUGUACCCAAAUGUGAUGAGAUUCUGAUGGAGGAGAUUAAGGAUUAUAAGGCACGCCUGACCUGUCCAUGCUGCAACAUGCGUAAAAAGGAUGCUGUACUUACCAAGUGUUUUCAUGUUUUCUGCUUUGAGUGUGUGAAGACACGCUAUGACACCCGCCAGCGCAAAUGUCCCAAGUGUAAUGCUGCUUUUGGUGCCAACGAUUUCCAUCGCAUCUACAUUGGUUGAUCCAAGCCAAGAGAAGAAGAGGAGCUGGCCAGACAAGCAUUUAUUCAUUAACCACCAAACCUCUACCUCUUCUCUCCUUGACUGUCACCUGCAGGGCAGUUUGUUGGUUAACUACCUUUCUUCCACAGACUUUGGAAGUCCAGACUCUCCUAUCUAAUAGCUAGGUGACUUUAGGAGAAAGGGCUGGUAUAUUCAAGUUUGGGGUUUUAGAAUGAAUUAGAAACGAAUAACUCUUAUUUGUCUUCCUUACCAGAUUUACUUCCUGCUUUUAGACUUUUCAGCAUUUUCUUCUUUGGGCCUAAUGUACAAUCUUGGAUUGUCCAUUCCUCCCAAAGAAGGCAUGUUGGUAUUUUUGAAAUGGAAAGGGAAACAAAGACUGGAACCAUGCCAUUUUGGGGGAGUGACCUUUUAGAAAUAAGCUAUCCGUGGGCACAAAAUUUUCUUGACUUGGGUAGUGAACUAUUUGUAAACUUGGAUUAUAAAAUGGUAUAAUUGUGAUACCCUUUCCUGGAUGAUUUGAAGCCUUAAUGAAAUUCUGUCCAGGGUGUUUGAAUCCAUUUUCCAUUUACUAGCAAAGUAACUUGUUAAGGUCAGUUGGCUUCCUUGUUAAAGUUAUUUAAGUUUUGAAUUUUCAAGUACUUAAAAUCUUUAAAUUUCUUGAGGACAGAAUAAUUUCAAAUAAUAUAGUCCCUUUUGUCUUCUAAUGAAAUCAGGAUUGGAGAGGAUGGGAAAUAGGACUGAGAUGUUGAAGAGAUCUUCUCGGUACUUUGGGAACUUGAUAGAGAGAGGCCUUGAUGAGCUAUGAAUUACUCUCAUCCUCCUCUCCACAGGGGUUGUUGUGAUCCCUGUUUUCCAGAAGACUCUCUGUACUGUUUCUGUAGGACUUUAUAUUUCACAAACUUCAAUUAAAGAAGGACUCAGUUUGC